AUAUGUACAUGUUCUGUGGGAUGGUGUAAUCUACUUAACUGUAUACUCAAAGACGCUGCAAGACUUCAAUCUCUCAAGCUUACGUUGAAACAUGAUCCAUUCCAGUGAUCCAGUGAACAUCUGGAAAGAACCAACAAUUGUUCCCGAUUGUUUAUCAAAGAACCUCGAGAUCUUGGAAUGGAUAGAAAUAUGA